AUGUGCCCGAAGAAGGGAUUGGAAACCUCACAUUACUCCAAGUGCUCUCAAUUAAAAAUUGCCCUAAUUUGGUAUCAGCACCAGAUCAAGGGAUGGGUCGCCUCAUCUCCUAACAGAGACUGCAUAUUUCAAAUUGUCCUAAAUUGGCGUCACUACCAGCAGGGCUUCGUUGCCUCAGCUCCUUACAGGAACUGCAAAUUUGGGAUUGCCCGAAAUUGGCGUCACUACCAGAAGGGAUGGGCAACCUCAAAUCACUUCAGCUGCUUCAGAUAUGGGAUUGCCCUAAUUUGGCAUCACUCCCGGAAGGGCUUCGUUGCCUCGCCUCAUUAG